GUACGCCCGGCUCAAUAAUUUCCACAUUUUCCUCCUCUACUGGGUGUAAGAAUGAUCUAUUCAACAUUUUUUCUAACCCAAACGCUUUUAUAACCGGCUACGAGUAAAUGUGCCUAUAUUGACUUAGUCACUUUGAUAAAAAAUUUCCCUAUUGGUGUCAUAAUACCGCAAGUGGUUUUCUCUAAUUUCACCGUACGGAUACAGGAACAGCUGCUCUGUGAUAAUUCAUUUUUCGGAAGGCAGAACGGAUUAUUUCGAUAUCAUGUUCCGGAAGUUCAUCCGUUCCAGAAAGUUUACAACCCAAAAGCUUGAACACUUAUACCAGAAAUAUGUCCUUCGACCGAAUCAAGGAAGAUUAGCGGCACUGCUGCUAAUAUUUAUGGUCUUUGUUGGACUUCUGACGGCAUUCCAUUAUUCCGGUGGACGUACAACGGCGUUAGCCGGAAUCGGCUAUGCUGUGCUAUUUGUGAUAUUUUUUAUCCUGGAAGUGGUAGUUGAAAGGAAGUUCUUCCAUCAAUUAUGGCUUUCGAUAUCGUCGUAUUCGCUGAUAAUGAUCAUGCUGGGCAUUCAGGUGCUGGUCAUGUUCGAGUCUUAUCCCGUCAGUCCGACAACCGGCGUAUGGACUGUAAUAUUUUUCAUAUAUUGCUCUUAUACUUUAUUACCCAUUUGGAUCCUGGGCUCCUUUCUGGGUGGUGUGGCGAUCUGUGUGGUACACUUCACAUCGGUCCUGAUUCUGACUGUAUCCAGCAGUGCCGCGUCUAUUUGGCAGGAGCUGGCGGCCAAUCUGUUGAUAUUCGUGGGAUCUCAUUUAGCCGGAAUCUUUACCCAUUUCGCCACGGAAGUCACGCAAAGGCAGGCAUUUCUGGAGACACGGCAGUGUAUUGAAUCCCGCUUGCAAUCACAAAGGGAAAACGAACAACAAGAGCGCUUGCUACUUUCCGUUCUGCCAAGACAUGUGGCAAUGGAAAUGAAAGCUGACAUUGCUGGAAAACCGCACGAUUCCAUGUUCCACAAGAUUUAUAUUCAGCGCCACGAUAACGUCAGCAUUCUUUUUGCUGACAUUUGCGGAUUCACGGUGCUCUCGUCCCAGUGCAACGCGGACGAACUAGUCCGACUCCUCAAUGAGCUCUUCGGGCGAUUCGACCGGCUGGCGGAAGAGAACAACUGUUUACGGAUCAAACUUCUGGGCGACUGCUAUUACUGCGUAUCCGGUCUACCUGAUGCCCGAGCGGAUCAUGCGCAAUGUUGCGUCGAGAUGGGAUUGGAUAUGAUUGAAGCAAUCAAAUUGGUGCGGGAUGUUACGGGCGUCGAGGGCUUAGACAUGCGCGUUGGUAUCCACAGCGGGCGAGUUCAUUGUGGAGUGUUGGGAUUGCGCAAGUGGCAAUAUGAUGUGUGGAGCAAUGACGUGACUGUCGGCUCGAAUAUGGAACAGUCAGGCAGUCCCGGACGCAUCCAUAUAAGCGGCACAACGCUGGCGUACCUGAACGGGGAAUACGAAGUUGCACCCACUGACGGGAGCGAAAAGAAUGAUUAUUUACGGAAGAACCACGUUAAGACCUACUUCAUUACUAGUGGCACUCGCAAAGAAAGAGUGCCUCGUCGAACGUUCAGUCAACGACGCGUCAACUCGAAAAAUCGCGCUUCGUUUAAAAACUCUCAGUAUACUUCGCAAAGUCAAGCAGGAAGAAUUGCUAAUACGGCAAUCCAUACCAAGCUUGGCUUGACAGAAUUGUCAGAAAAAGAAAUGCAGAAAAGUGCAGACGAUGAUGUGCACGAUUACUUAAGUCGCGCCAUUGACGCUCGCAGCAUUGACCGACUACGAGCUGAGCACUGCAAGAAGUUCAGGUUGACCUUUCGUGAUCCGGAUGUGGAAGCAAAGUUUUCAGCCAACCGUGAUCAGAUGUUCAGCUCGUAUGCAGUAUGUGCAUUUUUGAUUGGGCUUGUGAUAUUUCUUAUUCAAUGGACGAUUAUUCCGUUGUCGCAUCACGCGCUUGGACUAUUUGUGAUAUGCCUGGUCAUGAUUCUGAUCUUAGUAUUGUUCAUAUCGUUUGAGAAAUGGAAAUGGAUUCCUCUGAUAAUACGGAAUAUGUCCACGAGGAUAGCUAGCCACCGUUCGUUAUCCCAACUCUUGGCACUUGCUAUCAUUGCUAUCGUGUCCUUAUUGGCAUUUAUUUCUCUUUUUCUGGAGGAUAACUUCUCAAGAAACCUUUACAGUCCUAUUUGUAACAUAUCGAUAGUCAGUGCCAGCCCUCCACCACCAGUGACAACCGGAAGUGUCAAUGUCUCGACUAAAUAUGUUGCCUUAUCCUGCAACAGCAUUUCCGUGUAUGAAUCGCCAGUGUACAUCACACUGUGCGUAAUCCUUGCCAUGCUGUCUUGCUCCGUAUUCAGUUUGCUCAAUACUAAUGUAAAAUUCCUGACGCUGAUCGGAAUAUCAAUUCUGACUGUGAUAGUUAUUUUUAUGACGCCAAUGGGACUAGCCUUUGACAUUCGGGACCUGAUUGUACAAUCUUGUGCAAACCAUUGUUUGCGAGAUCUGAGCAGUUCAAAGUGGUUAUUCGUUGGAAUACUGCUUCUCUUCGUAAUUAUGUUGACUGCGCAUGGACAUCAAAUUGAAUCGAUGCUUCGCUUGGAUUUCUUAUGGAAAAUGCAGGCUAACGAAGAGAGGGACGAAAUGGAAAAGCUGCAGGCCUAUAACAAGACUUUGGUUUUGAACAUCCUGCCAGCCCACGUUGCGGCACACUUUAUGCAAAGCGAGCGGAAAAACGAAGAUCUCUACUCCGAAUUAUGCGAAGAUGCUUGUAUAAUGUUCGCAAAAAUUACAAAUUUUUCGGAGUUCUAUGUGGAACUGGAAGCGAAUAACGAAGGGGUGGAGUGCUUGCGGUUACUGAACGAAAUACUGGCGGAUUUUGACGAGAUGUUAUCGCAGCCACAGUUUAAUUGUAUCGAAAAGAUAAAAACUAUCGGAGAAUGCUACAUGGCGGCUUCCGGCCUUACAGCAGCCACAGCUGACCGCAUCAAGUUUCGGCAUGUUGUUCAGUUAGCAGAUUACGCGAUGGCCAUAAAGGACCAAUUAAACGAAGUGAACCAACAUUCUUUUAAUAAUUUCACUUUAAGAAUAGGACUGAGCAUGGGUCCAGUGGUUGCCGGUGUUAUUGGCGCUAAAAAGCCACAGUACGACAUUUGGGGUAAUGCAGUCAAUAUAAGUUCACGAAUGGAAUCCACCGGAAUACCCGAUACGAUCCAAGUGACGGAAGAAAUUUAUCGCACUCUCGAACCCUUAGGAUACAUUUUCCAGUGCCGGGGUCCAGUUCAGGUCAAAGGAAAGGGAGAAAUGACAACUUAUUUUUUAACUGGGAAAAAGUAAACCUAUUUUGGUUCGUGACAUUAAUUUUUUGACAGUAUUUUGUAUAAAGCUCUGUUACUUCAUAUGAUAGUUGUUUGAACAACUGUUAUUUAUUUUAAUACUCGGGGCAGUGUUGAUGGAUCUCAAUUAAAGUCUAAAGAUGCA